AUGGCGACCGGAAUAUACAACGAUAAGCAGCCCUUUCGGACAGACUCUGGGUUUCCAGCUGAGGGAACUACGCCACGACUUUCGCUGAGGGACUUCGUGACGGAAGAGCUCUCACGAGGCCCUGCAGGUCUCGAACGAGAAAUCCUCAUUACAUCGAAGCAGCUUUGUGAUUUUCUUUCAAGCGCCGAAGCAAGGCAACAGCUACAGACGCAGCAUCAUGGCUCAAUCAAUCGAAUUCGACCGGGGACUUUAAAGCGUCGUCGACCCCAAACUCCCCCUGAACAACCAAGCUCAGAAGACGAAGGAUCUGGGGAAGGGAGAAGAGAAAGUAAAAGUAGGCGUCAAAGUAGCGACUAUCGUCCGGGCUCGUCGUCCGGGGACUCGAAGAGUGAGCUGCAUUAA